GCGGGAGCGGCCCGGCCCGACCCAGCCCGGCCCGGCCCGGCGAGGGGGCCGGGGCUGGCGGAGCGCGGGGGGCGCGGCGCGGCGCGGUGAGUAAGGGGCUGCCCGGGGCCGCGCACAGCGGAGCGGAGCGGGGUGGAGCCGCCGCACUCUCCGGCGGAGGGAGCGCCGCGCAGGUCCGCGAUGGAGGCGGCAGUCUUAAAGCUGCUGCCGCUGGACCCGGGCGAUGAAGGCACCCAGAGGUGCAGGAUGGGCCCUGCCGCCCUCUCCUCGCUGGGCGCCGGGCUGGGCGCCCCGCUGCGGGUGGCGCUGCCCACCGGCUGCUGCCUGUGCACGGCCUGGCCCAGGCACGAUUUGGCGGACGGGUACCUGCAGGUGGACCUGGCCUGCAGCACGGCGGGGGUGGCCGCCGGGGACCUCAGGGGCCUGAGUCUGAGCCUGGGCCAGGUGAGGCCGCUGGCCUGUCGCCGGCUGGAAAAGGCGGCUGUGAAAGUGGUCCUCGGGAGCUCCGUGCUGAAGAAGUCGAUUCCCAGAGCAGUGUUGCAGGAGACGAUCAGAGAACUGCUAAGAAAUGUUUAUGUUUCACCUCUUUAUGUUGUUACUGUUGCCCCAAAUCUCGAAAAUCCCGUGGUGUAUAUUGAAAUCCUGUCUGCAGAGCCUUUGAUGGAUGAAGCUGGCCUGGUAACCUCCCAAACAAGCAUAAAAAUCAAGGAGGUGGUCACUCUUGAGUGGUACAGACAUUUAUCAGAAGACACUGCUAAAGUUUCCAUUGCAGGGCUGGAUGACGUGGGGAAGUCUUUGAAAGAAAUGAUAGAGCUGCCUUUCCGCUUUCCAAAGACUUUUAAGAAGCUAGGGCUUUCUGUCCCCAACGGAGUGCUGCUAAUAGGGCCCCCAGGCGUAGGGAAAACCCUCAUGGUAAAGGCAGUGGCAAAAGAACUGGGAGUGUAUCUGGUUUGCAUCAAUGGCCCGGCCCUCUAUGGCUCCAGGCCAGGAGAAGGUGAAGAGAAUUUGCGAAGAGUCUUUGAAAAGGGCAGAGAGAUGUCACACGAAGGCCCAACUGUUCUCUUCAUCGACGAAGUUGACUCCAUCUGCCCGAGGCGAGGAAGCUCGAGCAAUGCUCCCGAGGAUCGCGUGGUCGCUCAGUUGCUGACGCUGCUGGAUGGUGUAGGCAGUGAAGGUAAGAUGGUCGUCAUCGCAGCAACAAAUAGGCCUGAUGCCUUAGACCCGGCGCUGAGAAGACCUGGCAGGUUUGACAGAGAGGUUGUUAUUGGGACCCCAACACUUACGCAAAGAAGAUCCAUCCUGCAGUUGCUUACAUCUAGUAUGCCGGUGUCUACAGACGUUGAUUUGGUUAAACUGGCAGAAAUGACAGCUGGGUAUGUUGGAGCUGACCUGACAGCACUCUGCAGAGAAGCUGCUAUGCAGGCUGUGUUCCACAGCUCUUCGGAUUUGACUGAAACUGUGGUUAAUAUGGCAAAUUUCCAAGAAGCUUUUAAAAAAAUUCAACCGUCCUCUUUUCGAAGUGCAGUUGGACUAACAGAGUGUAAACCUGUCACGUGGGAGCAGAUUGGCGGUCUCGAAGAUGUGAAAUUAAAGUUAAAACAGAGUAUUGAGUGGCCUAUGAAAUUUCCUCAGGCGUUUGCUAGGAUGGGCCUGUCUCAUCCAAAGGGUAUUCUUCUCUAUGGGCCAUCAGGGUGUGCCAAAACCACGCUGGUGAAGGCUGUGGCCACAAGCUGUCACUGUUCCUUUCUCUCUGUAAGUGGUGCUGACCUUUUCUCACCUUAUGUUGGAGAUUCAGAGAAGAUACUGGCUCAGGUUUUUCGCCAAGCAAGAGCAAAUACUCCAGCAAUAGUAUUCCUAGAUGAGAUUGAUUCUAUCGUGGGAUCUCGGUCACACUGCAGAACUGGCCAUGGUGUCUCAGAGCGGGUUCUUUCUGUUCUUCUCAAUGAGUUGGAUGGUAUUGGACUGAAAGUCACAGAAAGAAGAGGAAGCAAACUACAGCUUGAGGGUCAAUGUCAAGAACAAAGCGAUGAGGAAAGAAAGCUAGAGUUUCAGGAAACUUUGAACAAAGAUUUCAUGGUAGUUGCUGCAACAAAUAGACCAGAUAUGUUGGAUGAUGCCUUACUGCGUCCUGGAAGGCUAGACAAAGUGAUCUAUAUUCCACCUCCAGAUCUGAAGGGAAGGCUUUCCAUUUUGAAAAUCUGCACAGAAAAAAUGCCAUUAGAUAAUGAUGUGUCAUUACAAGAUGUGGCAGCCAUGACAGACCUGUUCUCUGGAGCAGAUAUUGAAAAUUUGUGCAAGGAGGCUGCUUUAUUGGCAUUGCAAGAGAAUGGACUUGAAGCAACUGCUGUAAAACAUGAGCAUUUCGUAAAAUCACGGAAGACUGUAAAACCAUCCUUAAACAUAAAAGACUUGGACUUUUAUGAAAAAUUUUAUAAUCAAGAAUUAGCCUCUGGAAUCAAAAAGGAGUGAUGUAGCAUAGGUAUUUUUAAAUACAUUACAAAGAUUUUGCAACAGUUUACAUGUUUCCUGCUUUUUAAUACUGUACUUACUAUAGUUUUCAGUGUAUAUGAAAUACAGUAAAACUUCACUUGUGAAAAAUCUGUGAUUUCAAUAAUGGAGAAUAAAUUCAAAUCUUGUUUGUUUUGGCUA